AUGCUGAAAUUUCAAGAAACUGCUAAACAUGUCAUUGUUGCCAGAUUUAAUUCUGCUUGCUCAGAUGCUGUAAUUGCAAGAAGAUACACUAUUCAGAGAAAACUUGGCAAUGGAAGCUUUGGAAAUGUGUAUCUGGUUUCUGACAGAAAAGCAAAACAAGGAGAAGAAUUAAAGGUUCUAAAGGAAAUCUCUGUUGGAGACCUAAAGCCUAAUGAAACAGUUGAAGCAAAUCUGGAAGCACAACUACUCUCCAAAUUAGACCAUCCAGCCAUUGUCAAAUUUUAUGCAAGCUUUGUGGAGCGAGAUAGCUUCUGCAUUAUCACUGAAUACUGCGAGGGUGGAGAUCUAGACUUUAAAAUUCAAGAGUACAAAGAAUCUGGGAAGACAUUCACUCAAAGACAAAUAAUAGACUGGUUUAUACAGUUGUUACUCGGAGUCGACUAUAUGCAUGAAAGGUGGAUACUUCACAGAGAUUUGAAAGCCAAGAAUAUAUUUUUGAAAAAUAAUCUUCUUAAAAUUGGGGACUUUGGAGUUUCUUGUCUUUUGAUGGGUUCAUGCGAUCUCGCAACUACAUUUACUGGGACACCGUACUACAUGAGUCCAGAAGCACUGAAGCACCAGGGAUAUAAUACAAAAUCUGACAUUUGGUCUCUGGGAUGCAUUUUAUAUGAGAUGUGCUGUAUGAAACACGCCUUUACUGGACACAAUUUUUUGUCUGUUGUGUUAAAAAUUGUAGAAGGUGAUACACCUUCUCUUCCUGACAGAUAUCCAAGCAAACUGAAUGCUGUGCUGUGCAGUAUGUUAAAUAAGGAUCCUUCAUUGAGACCAGCAGCAGCAGAGAUCCUAAAAAUCCCUUAUAUUGAUGAAGAGCUAAAGAACGCACAGUCCAAGUUCACAAACAUGACUGUGAAAAACAAGGCACUUAACUGGCAGAAAGAAGCUGCUCCCAUUUUUGAUGCUGUGCAGAGGAAAGUUCAUUUGCAAACUCUGCAGGAACUGUCUGAAGUACAGAAAAUGACACCGCGGGAACGAAUGAGGCUGAGGAAGUUAAAUGCUGCCGAUGAAAAAGCAAAGAAGUUGAAACAGCUGGCAGAAGAAAAGUAUCAAGAAAAUAUCAAAAGAAUGCAAGAAUUCAGGUGCCGUAAUUUUCAGCAGCUGAAUGUCGAUGUCCUACACGAAUCUGAUGAACAGACUUCAAAACCCCUAAUUCAUUCUCAGCCAGUCACUACUUGUGACUGUGUGUCCAUAGGACACGAUGAACCAAGUGGACGUGAGACAUCAAGUCAACUCUGCAUGUCUGAACUUACAGACCAUGAGAUCCCUGAAGAUCCAGAAAUUGCAGAAGAAUAUUAUAAUGAUGAAUUUGAAUCCUGUUCAGAAGGUAGUGAAGAGGAGGAGGAUGUGGAACCAUCACACAUGGUCUCUAAGACAAAUCACCAGGACAGUGAUACCGAGGCAAUGGUCAAGUAUUUGGAGAGUGUCCUGAAUAGUAGCUCAUUGGGCUCAGCAACUGUCACCAGAGUGUCUCCAGGGGUGGCCCAGGGAUUCAGAGCUCUCAACAGCACUAUGGCUGAGACCAAACUGAAAAGCAUGAGGGAAUCUGCCAUUGGGAAGCUGGGAGUGGAGGUAUUUGAGGCCGUGUACGGCUAUCUCAAGCAAGCGAGACAGCAGAAUGCCAGUGAGGAGGAGAUCAAGAGACAUCUGGAGAAACUCGUUUCUAGAGCAAGUGAUUGCUUUGAAGUGGAUCAGCUUCUCUACUUUGAGGAGCAGCUACAGGCUUCAGAAUCACAUCUUCAGCCGUAA